AUGGUAACAAAGACGAAAUUUGGACACAUCCGACCGCACGGUCUCGAAGAGGAGAUGCGCAGCUCGUACCUGACCUACGCGAUGACGGUGAUCGUGGGUCGGGCCUUGCCGGACGUCCGUGACGGACUCAAGCCCGUUCAGCGGCGAAUCCUGUACGCCGCGCACGAGAUGGGGAUGCGCCCCAACUCAUCAUACCGCAAGAGUGCCAGACUCGUGGGCGACGUUUUGGGCAAGUACCACCCACACGGCGAUGGCGCCGUGUAUGACGCGAUGGUCCGCCUAGCCCAGGAUUUCUCACUGCGGGUGCCGCUGAUCGACGGCCAGGGCAAUUUCGGCAGCGUGGACAACGACCCGCCCGCGGCGAUGCGCUACACCGAAGUACGCCUAAGCUCCGCCGCCGAGGAGAUGUUGACGAACCUCGACCAGGAGACGGUCGAAUUCGUAGAUAACUUUGACGGGUCUCUCCAAGAGCCGGUCGUGCUUCCUGCACGCCUGCCGAAUCUUCUGGUCAACGGGGCGGCGGGGAUCGCCGUAGGCAUGGCGACGAAUAUCCCGCCGCACAAUCCCUUGGAAGUCUGCGACGGGAUCAUACACCUUAUCGACAAUCCGAUGGCGACCGACGAAGAACUGAUGCAGUUUGUUCAAGGUCCCGACUUCCCGACCGGCGCAACGAUCAUGGGGCGCGAGGGCAUCGUGAAUGCCUACACGACAGGUCGCGGACAGAUCAUAACCCGCGCAGUGCCGAAAUCGAGCCAAUGA